GGCGGAAGUGGGGGAGCAGAGGCGCUAGAGGGGAAUCGUCCGGAGAUGUUUCAGGAAGAAUGUCGCCCGAUUGCGCUGUAGUGUGAGGCAAAGCGGAACCGGAAGAUGGAUUUUGUGAUGGUGCUUGGCUCCCAUAGGUGCCUGUGAGUCAGCUGAUCCCUGCCCAUUGAUGCAGCGCCGCAGCCCCGGGUUCCAGGCCGUGAAUGUCCCAUCGCCAGCCCGUUGGUAAAUGAGAGAAGCCCCCAGCAUGUCUGAGCAGCUGUAUCAGGUGUCGGUUACGUUCCACGACGUGGCCGCCUGUUUCUCAGCGGAGGAGUGGGCGGGGCUACAGGACUGGCAGAAGGAACUGUACCGGAACGUAAUGCGGGAGAUCCACACUGCCCUGCAGGCCAUGGGGUUUGAGAUCAUUAACCCCGAUGUUCUGUUCCGAAUAAAGAAGGUGAAGGAAGUGUAUAGCAACCUCAUGGAGCGGGCCGAGCCCAGCGCAGCCUUCCCGGGGGCGGAGUCCGACCAACUACUGGGGAUCAAACAAGAGCGGGCAGCCCCCCCAGAUACUUGCAGGCGCAAAGUCCCCAAGCUGUGCCCUAAUCCCGUCCUGAGACCCGACAUUCUGCUGAGAAUUAAACAGGAGGAAACGUCGGCUGCCUGCCAGUAUAUAGAGAGGAGCCCCAUACUGACCCCCGAACAUGGGGGUGACAACUCGGGGGUUUCCUCACCGACAAACAAACUCGCUGAAUGUGUCUCUAUCCCGGGGGAGAGCAGGAGCCCCAAGUCUCACAAGCGGCCACUGGGGGCGCCAGUGAAGCAGGAGGAGAUGGAUUAUAUCAAAGUGUCUGUAGGGGGUCCCGCACCAGAAAGCUUUACUGUCACCUCUAUGGACUGUACCACAGACAUGGGGGCCGGAGACACGGAGGAGGCGUGGCUACACCAGCAGUACGAGGGCACAGAGACAACUGACCACUCCCACAGUUCUGAGCAAG